UUUGCCCUGUUUGCUGCCUUCUGGUUCCGUCUUUAUUUAAGUCCCAAUAGAGCAGGGGCAGUUGUACGUCAUGUGGUCAUUACAAUCUUUGGUAUAUAUUUUGCUAUCUUCUGCUUUGGAUGCUGGAUGGCCUCACAAUGCACUGCCAAGACAGGGCUGCAGAGUCUUUUCAAAAGUAGAAGAGGAGAUGGUGUAUGCUUCAUGAUCAUCUCCUUGAGGCGAUUCUGUCCCAGUCCUUUAACCAGACCUGGAACACCUCGAGAUAAGUGUCAUCCAUUUUAUCUGCUGCGGGAGAUUUCAGUGAUCAACUUGGGAGAGGUUUACAUCCCUCCUCAGGCCAGUGUAAAACAAGCUCAGGACAAACUGAGUGACUUAAUAAAUAGGUAUGAAACAGCAUGUAGCACUUACCCAACAGGCUGGUAUAUGUCUAGGGGAAAAGGAGAUCCAGCCACACACCAAUACCACCUCCCGUACACGCAGGUGCUGUGAGAAUCGAGUUUGUGCCUUGUGUGUAUCAAACCCACAACAAAUACCGUUAUGAAAUACACUUUAAAGAGUUUACUAAAAUGAAAAGAGUAUUAGGCAAUACAAUAUAUAUGCAAGGGAAACAAACAAAACAACAAGGCGCCAACUUAUCAAAGUUCAGUCAGUUUAGUGCACACCAUUGGAGCUCAAACAUCGAACCAUUCGACCCCUCGUCGCUUGCCUCCGACCUCCACGUCUUUGCACCUAGGACCUCGCCCGGUGGUCUUCCGAGCAGUGCAGUGCACGUCCACCUUCCUCGACGUCUUCCUCCCGCUCUCUCUCAAAAGCCCACGAAAAAACCCCUCCCCCAAGUUCCCAGCCUCACAAGACAAAAUAACAUUCCCCAUUGGUUAACAAAUGAAUACAAUUACCAUAUCAACAAGUAUAGAGCAAAACAACUGCGAGAGAAACACUCUUCAAAGAAGCAUUCCUACUCUUAACAAACCAAAAAAACCCAUUUUGAGUAACAUACACAGGACAUUGUACAAGCAUAUCCUGAUGUCUUCCCCAUCAUUUUGGGGGAUUUUAACCAGGCUAGCUUGAAGAACACUCCAAAUAAUUAUUACCAACAAAUCUCUUAUAGUACCUGAGGAAUGAACACACUGGACCAUUGUAACACUACCAUAAAGAAUGCUUAUGAUGCUAUCCCAUGGCCUCACUUUGGAAAGUCUGAUCACCUGGCUAUACAUCUACUCCCUGGGUUAAAGGCAAUGAUUGAAGACUGCAGCACCAGUAGGGAAGAUGAAGAAGGUACUCAUUACAUAUUUUUAUAGAAGUUUCUUUAUGCUAUGUGAUUAUGACUAAAGCAAGCAUCUCAAAUAUACACAGGUAUUCAUUUGUAGCAGCAAUGGGCUAUCUCACAGUAUGCCAAAUUAGUAGAGUAUAUAUUUUUAAUUAUGGACUGCUCUCCACAGAUUUCUCUGGACCUUUGAUGAUAGUCACCCAGAAAAUCACAAGCCUGGCUUUUCAAAUACAUGAUGGGAUGGGUUGUAAAGAUGAAGAACUUACAACCGAACAGCGCAAUCUUGCCGUCAGUACAAGACCUACAUUUCUAGAAUAUUGCAGCUAUCACUUGAAUUUUCUUGGUAUUCUGGCUGGGCCAACCAGCAAUUUCAGGGACUAUAUUGCUUUUAUUGAAGGAACCCAUAUAAACAUGAAACUAAUAGAAGAACAGUGGAAGCAAAGGGGUUAUACCAAGUUCCCUGAUCCUUCACCAUUUAAAGCUGUGGCAAACAAAAUUAUUAUCACCAUUUUCUGUAUGGUUUGGUUUAUGGGAAUUACCAAGAACUUUCCUAUCUCCUAUAACGUGGAUGACAAGUUUGUAAGGGAGACCUCAUUCUUCUGGAGACUCUGUUACCUCUUCAUCUCAGUUCAUGCAUCUAGACCCAAGUAUUACUUUGCUUGGACUUUAGCUGAUGCAGUCAAUAAUGCUGCUGGCUUUGGGUUCAAUGGCCUUGAUAAAAAUGGCAAUUUGCGAUGGGACUUAAUCUCAAACUUAAACAUCUGGAAUAUUGAGACUGCUACAAGUUUUAAAAUGUGCCUGGACAAUUGGAACAUUCAAACUGGAGCUUGGCUAAAGAGUGUUUGCUACAACCGGGCUCCCUACUUCCCUACUGCUCUAACAUUUGUACUUUCAGCCUUGUGGCACGGUGUGUACCCUGGCUAUUACUUCACUUUUGUAACUGCAAUCCCCAUCACGCUGGCCGCAAGAGUGAUGAGAAGCAACUUCAGGCAUUACUUCCUUUCUUCUAAGAAAAUGAAAGUUGUGUAUGACAUUAUCACUUGGACUUCAACUCAAAUGGCCCUAUGCUAUAUUGUUACACCAUUUCUUCUACUGGCGACAGAGCCCACCAUCAAAUUCUACAAGUCAAUGUAUUUCCAUUUUCACAUUCUGUGUGCCCUUGUGCUCCCAGUUCUGACAAUCAGGAAGUGGAAGGUUGUUGAAAAAAUAGCGAAAACUGAUCCAUCCUCCUCGAAUGCCAACUCUUCUCUCGCAGCCUCCAUUUGCCAGCCGUCCAAGAAGAAGCAAUAGGAAUGAAGUACGAUGGAAGUAUGAAAUGCAAAGAAAAAACUUUUGAGGGAGGAAAACAAAAAGAUUAAUUUUUCUCUAUCUGAGCAAUGUUAAGCACGAAGGUGCCCUGGUGCCAUUGUGAAAUGAGCAGUUUGUAUGAAGGUUGUAUAUGUGCACGAGUGUUUGUUUACUGUAUUGAACAACCCAUUGCUACUGACCUUUCCUGACCUGUGCCAUUGAGUCAUUGGGGUGACUGUGGAACGCAGGUAUUGCUGAUAUUUGCCAGCUUGUUGAGUUUUGUUUUCUGAAAAUGUUACCUUUGUCCUAUGAUUUUUUGGACACCUUCAUUGUGGAUGCAGCAUAUCUAUACAAUGACCUCAGCAGAUGAAGUAAUUGUUGAGUAAUACUGGACCUACUGUUUUAAAAAAAAGCUUGUACUGUCAUUAUGAAACCUGUCAUUUUACAUUGUUAUUUGAAGUUGAUCUUCCUUUAUUUUUUGCCCCACCAUGUAACAGCAAUAUGCCUCCUUAAUCUUGGCAAACAGGAAAACCCUUACUCAUAAGUUCUAAUAUAUUGAUUUAUAAUCUAAUAUCUUCCUAGCCGCAAGGCUGUUAAUAAUUGGUUUUGUUUCAUCACAGUUUUGAAGGAAGGACCAUUUGUUCUAAAGGUGGUAGGCCCCUCAUCUUCUAGAGUGGAGUUUCUUAAUUGAAUCACCACUACUCCCAUCUUUUAUUUCAGCUGGAUGAAAAAUGAGAAUGUCAAAAUUAAAAGUUCAGUCAUAUUUCAGUACACUUACAGCUCUGGAUUGCUUCACUGAGGUAUACCAACUAAGUGAUUACAGUGAUUGAGAUCUGGGCUAAUAGCUCCACAGAUUGCACUAAGUAUAAUUUUACCAAACUUGCAAUAAUCGAAUGCUCUGUUUUAUUAUACAAUAUUUGAUAAAAAUCAAAACUGCUUGAGAGACAGCUUUAUCUAAUCAUAAAAAAUUGGAUGUUGUCAAUGCUUGCUUAUAUAUAUUGUAUAUGUGUAUAUAUGCUGUAUUUAUACAUAUACAGUAUAGAAAAUUAAAAUAGAUAUAUUAAAGCUAUUUAUUUAUUUUA